UUCAGGGAUAUUUAUCCAUUCAUUCAUGUGAGAAUGGAUGUGAAAACAAAAAGGAGAAAUGAGGUAGAGAAUGGUGAUGAAGGAGAGGAUUUAGUUCUAGCUACUUUAAUUGCCAAUGGAGAUGAUCUCAGUCCCCUUGUACGGCAUGCCUUUGAAACGGGACGCCCUGAGGGGCUCCUUCGCCAGCUUAAUUUCGUCGUUAAGAAAAAAGAAGCUGAAAUUGAAGACAUGUGCAAGACUCACUAUGAAGAAUUCAUCCUUGCAGUCGAUGAACUUCGCGGUGUAUUGGUUGAUGCCGAAGAGCUCAAGAGUGAACUCCAGAGUGAUAAUUUCAAGCUGCAGCAAGUUGGCACUACCCUUCUUGUCAAACUUGAAGAGCUUCUUGAAUCCUAUUCUGUCAAGAAGAAUGUCACUGAAGCUAUAAAGAACUCAAUGAACUGUAUUCAGGUGUUAGAGCUUUGUGUAAAGUGCAAUAAUCAUAUUUCUGAAGGACAGUUUUAUCCUGCAUUGAAAACCGUUGAUUUGCUUGAGAAGAGUUAUAUGCAGAAUAUUCCUGCUAGAGCUCUUAAAUUGGUGGUUGAGAAGAGAGUUCCUUCUAUAAAAAUGCAUAUUGAGAAGAAAGUAUGUGGUCAGGUUAAUGAAUGGAUGGUCCUUAUACGGAGUUCUUGCAAAAAAAUCGGGCAAACAGCGAUCGGUCGCACUGCAUCGGUUCGUCAAAGGGAUGAAGAAAUUUUAGAAAGGCAAAGGAAGGUUGAGGAUCUAAAUAUUUCGGGUGCGGAUGAUCGAGUAUAUAAUUUAGAUGUUGAAGAGGCUGACGACGAUUCUGCAAUGCAAUUUGAUCUCACGCCGCUUUACCGUGCUUGUCAUAUUCAUAGUUGUAUGGGUAUCCUAGAUCAAUUUCAUGAAUACUAUUAUAAGAAUAGAUUGUUACAAUUGAAUUCAGAUUUGGAGAUAUCUUCUUCACAGCCUUUUGUUGAAUCAUAUCAGACACUUUUAGCUCAAAUUGCAGGGUAUUUCAUAGUGGAGGAUAAGGUUUUAAGAACUGCUGGGGGAUUACUUGUAGAGGAUCAAGUUGAAACUAUGUGGGAGACAGCUUUGUCUAAAAUGACAUCAAUGUUGGAUAUGCAAUUCUCACAUAUGAAAUCUGCCACGCAUCUUCUCUUGAUUAAGGAUUAUGUUACGCUUGUCGGUUCCACUCUUCGAAAAUAUGGAUAUGAUAUUAGUCCUUUACUCGAUGUGCUCGAUAGUUGCCGCGACAAAUACCACUUGCUUCUUUUGGCAGACUGUAGGCAACAUAUUAUUGAUCUUAUUCAAAAUGACUCAUAUGAGCAAAUGGUGAUAAAAAAGGAUGUUGAUUAUGAGAAUCAUGUUCUGUCAUUUAAUCUUCAAACAACCGAUAUUAUGCCUGCUUUUCCUUACAUUAUGCCGUUCUCCUCAAUGGUACCUGACGCUUGUCGAAUUGUGAGGUCUUUCAUCAAAGGCUCUGUUGAUUACUUGACUCAUGGUGUAAGAACAAGUUUCUUUGAUAUUGUGAGAAAGUAUUUGGACAAGUUUCUGAUUGAAGUGUUAAAUGAAACAUUACUAGAUGCGAUAAACGGUGGAAAUAUCAGUGUGUCUCAGGCCAUGCAGAUUGCUGCAAAUAUAUCUGUUCUUGAAAGAGCUUGUGAUUUUUUCCUUAGACAUGCAGCUCAAUUAUGUGGAAGUGGUGUCUCCGUUCGAUCAAUCGAUAAGCCUCAAGCUUCAUUAACUGCAAAAGUGUUGCUAAAGACUUCAACGGAUGCAGCUUAUGUUACAUUGAUGAGUUUAAUCAGCACGCAAAUAGAUGAGUAUAUGAAACCACUUACAGAGGUUAAUUUUUGGACUUCAGAGGAGGCGAGGCCGGAAGAAAAGGACUACAUGAAUAAUAUGGUUGUUUACCUUGAUUCUAUUCUGUCUACAGCGCAACAAGUUUUACCUUUGGAAGCUAUGUACAAAGUUGGAACUGGUGCACUUGAGCAUGUUUCCAAUAUAAUUAUGACUGCUUUUCUUAGUGAUAAUGUCAAAAGGUUUAACGCGAAUGCAGUUAUGUAUAUCAACAACGAUCUUACGCUGUUGGAUGAGUAUGCAGAGCAGAAGUUUUAUUCUUCUGGAUUAGGUGAAAUCUACAAGGAAGGUAGUUUCAGGAGCUGUUUGAUAGAAGCAAAACAAUUGCUCAAUCUUUUGUCUAGUAGUCAGCCUGAGAAUUUCAUGAAUCCUGUCAUAAGGGAGAAAAACUACUAUGCACUUGAUUAUAAGAAAGUUGCUACCAUUUGUGAUAAAUUCAAGGAUGCUGCUGAUGGCAUCUUUGCAGGCCUAUCAAAUAAAAAUACAAAGCAAAGUGCUAAAAAGAAAUCAAUGGACAUGCUCAAAAAGAGACUUAAGGAUUUCAAUUGAUGAUUAAUUAGGAAAAGGUGUUAUUUCAUUUAAAGAAAUGUCUAGUUGUAUUAAUUGUUUCUUCUGUUAUAUGGAUGUUUAACUUUGGAAUUAAUAGUUUUUCUA